CUCGUCAAAUACCCGCAUUGAUCGAUCUGCAGCUGCAAGAAGUAGUGGGUCGUCUCGCUUAAUUGAGCACUACCUACGUCGUGCGAGCUCGAUCGAUCGGCUUCCACUCCAUGGGCGCCCCGGGCACGCCUCAGUUCCCGGGCAACAGCUUCGUGAUCCUCUCCGUCUCCGUCGUCGGCAUCCUCGCCACCUCCCUCCUGCUCCUCUCCUACUACCUCUUCCUCACCAGGUGCGGCUUCGCCUCCUGGCGCCGCGACAUCCACGACGACGUCGUCGCCACGCACCACCACCACCACGUCGUCUACGCCCCGGAGCCCGCGCCGCGCCGGGGGAUGGAGGAGGCGGCGAUACGGCGGAUUCCCACGCUCCGGUACCGCAAGCAGCAGCCGCAUUGCCCACAGCCCCUGCAGGUGGCGAGCGAGUGCGCGGUGUGCCUGAGCGAGUUCCAGGAGGGGGAGAGGCUCCGGCGGCUCCCGGCCUGCCUCCACGCCUUCCACAUCGACUGCAUCGACGCCUGGCUCCAGGGCGCUGCCAACUGCCCGCUCUGCAGGGCCGCCGUGUCUGAACCCGUCUGCCAGCCGCCCCACAUUACAAUCAACCACAUCGACAUCGUCGCCGUCCUCCAGGCAGAUGCGUCCACCGCCAAUGCCGACGCCGUGGUGAUCGACAUCGCCUCGCCGUCACCGGCAGGCAGGGGCAGAGGCAGAGCCAGCAGGAUGAGCAUGGGCGACGAGUGCAUUGACCCGAGGAGGGACGCCGUGCAGCAGCCCAUGAGAAGGUCCAUGUCCAUGGACUCGUGCAACGACAAGCACCUCUACCUCGCUCUGCAGAAGGCCCUGCGGCAGCCACACCACUCCGCUGCCCUCUCGGAGGACGGCAGCAAAAUAGGGGAGAGCAGCGCCCCCGCCAGCCGGCAAUCAUCAGGGAGGUUGCGCCGAUCCUUCUUCUCCUUCAGUCACGGCCACAGCCGGAGCUCCAGAAGCGCCAUCUUGCCCAUCUGACAUUUGUGGCUCGCGCGUACCCAACUGUACAUUACUCUGGUUGAACUUUUUUUUUUUUAGAUCAACUCUGGUUGAACCUAGACUAGAUGAUAUACUCAAUCAGCUGGCACAUUACGUACCCUCUAUGAUUUUUUCUCUGUUUUCGUGAUCGCUUAGCCAGUUUUCCACUCUACUCGGAACGAACUGAUAUUCACUCAGUGAUGCUGAUCAAGUAAAUGGAAUCAGUCUUCCUAAUGAUUGACUAGAUAUCAAUACCAUACCAUGUCCAUGUGUACUCUAGUACCGGCUCGACUAACUG